UCACGUUUCUUUCAAUAUUCAUUUUUCGAUCGGAGGUGAUUUUUAAGUAUAUUAUAAUAACACAUUUAAAACAACCAGGUAUAUAUUUUAGAAAGAUCUUUCAUUCAUUUAGAAGUCAGAAACGGCAAAAUAAUCAACAUUAUCAAAAAUCCGCACAUAGAAAACGUUUACAAUGACAACGAACAGCGGUACCUUAAAGUUGAUUGGAACGAUGGCACCUCCUCGCGAUACCCCUACAUUUUCCUACGAGAUAACUGCAAAUGUCCCCAAUGUUUCGAGCCCAGAAGUAACCAAAGUCUGGUACACACCAUAGUCGACGUCGGUUUGAACAUCCAGGCGGAGAAGGUGAGCUUUUCCAAAGAUCGUAAACAUCUAAAGUGCGUAUGGCCGGAUGGUCAUGAGAGUGAAUACCAUUUGGAAUGGCUACGUAACAAUAGAAUGCCCGAGAGGGAGGAAUUACGAAAACACUUUAACACGGACAGUCUGGUGAAAGAUGACUUGAUCUUGUGGGAUGCAGGAAUGUUACAAGACAAGAUACCAUUAUAUGAUUGCAAAGCAGUGAUGAAUGAUGAUACAACUCUUUUCAAGUAUCUCUACUCUCUGUAUCAAUAUGGAUUGGUCUUACUUGAUGACGGCCCUGUCAGACAGGAUUUCCUCUUCGAAUUGGCCACUAGAAUUGGAUGGUUUCAGAAAACCUAUCUUGGGUAAGCAAUCGAUGACUGAAAACCUUCUUUUGAAGCUAAGUAGACAAACGUUAUUUAUAUCAGAUAGCUCUGACCAGAAGUUCUACGAGGCCAUCACUCAUUUUUCAGUAUUAUGAGAGACAGGGCCUAUCAGAGAAAUUCGGGGUCCGGGGCAAAUUUUUUUUUCGGGGGCCCUAUUUUCCCUAAAAAUGUUGGCGAUCGGGGGGGGGGGGAAAUUUUUGUUCGGACAUAAAAAAAGGGUCAUAAAAAAUUUUCCGGACUAACAUCAGUUAAGUUAAAAUUCAAAAAAUUUUUUCCGGACAAAUUCCUGUUUAAAUAUUGGUAAAACCGUUUUUUUUGUGACCAGUUUCUGCAAAAUUUUGGCCCAUUAUUUAUAUCAAAAAACGUUCUAAAUUAUGUUUUUAUUUUCCAAAUUUGGGAGUCCUCCUUGCACUGGGGCCCGGAGCAAAUUGCCCCCUCUGCCCCCCCCCCUCUGAUAGGUCCUGAUGAGAGAAAUCGGAGCAGGCAGGAAAACGAAGGGGAAAUAAGCGAAAUAAUCAAACAAAGCACCAGUAUAGUCCAAAAAUUCAACCUGUGUCACCACCAAUGUUGUAAGUAUACAGGUUAACAAAAGCACGCUAUAACUACCGAGAAAAUCUAUUAAUACUGUCCGUUCUUUCUUUUCAGAGAUAUCAACAAUCUGAAAGUUGAAGAUAAUCCAAUCAGUGUUGGAUGCACAGCGAAAGGUUUAUAUAUACACACUGAUUUACCGUAUCUCAGAUCUUCACCUGACGUAAGUUGACAUUUACUUCCACAAAAAAACUUCAUUACUAAUGUUACGAAAGUAUCUAAAUAGUAUAAAUAUAGUUCAGUUUGCAACUCAGAUUAUUAUAAAUACUAGUUACGUCAAAUGGAGAGAUAAUGAGCAUUUUUGAGUAGAUAUCAUUUCGGACCUGCGUAAAAGUGUCAAUUAUCUGUCCAUUUAUAGGCAAGAUAAAUAAUUUGUCAAACUGUCAAAGUUGGACGAAAGUCUUGCAUGGUAGGCUGUUCUGUUUACAUAAUUCAAAGUCCAAGGUUGGUUCCUCAUUGACCUGGAAUGUGUGCGUGCUUAGGGAGAUUGCCGUCAAUCAUUCUUCGUUAUAUUUCGCGCGGUCGAGUAAUUAUAACAAUACGUCAUCAAAAUCUUGGUUUAAUAAAAUUGUAAGUAAAUUUAGUUUAGUAGGUAAAGUAAGUUUCACAUAGGUAUAGUUUGAAGAUUUUACUAUGAUAUUUUGAUAGUAUUUUAAGUUGUGAACAUAUUUUACAUUGAUCGAUUGAACAGCAAACCGACUCGACAAGUGCGACAACGUACUCCUUAAAUAAACAGAAUGUGAGAGCUGGAACGAGCUACAAUCUUGGACAAUACCCUUGAGACCAUUCCGGCUAAUAUUACAUUGACAAAACAAACUUUGUCUCCCCCUCCCCCCCAGUUCAAUGUUGUGAACAACGCCGAAACAACUUCUGGUAAUAUACCAUGACACAAGCUCAACAUUGAGUUGGGGGAGCUGGGGUUUAAGAAUGGCAACAUGAGGAUAGUCUCAACCAGUUAUGUCCAAGAUUGUAGCAACGCCAACCCACACUUUUAUAACUCCACGUUGAUUGGCUGGAUACAAAUCACACCACUCGCCAGAUCACGCGUGUACAAAGAUCCCCUCAACCGUUAGCACUGAAAGGUGUGCACAGUGAACUCUCUAUAUAUACAUAUCUGGAAUGAUAACAGCGAGCGAAAAGUGAAGCCAACAAAAAAAAUCACGACAUAAGUAUUCGUCAUCGUCUUCGUCAUCAACGGUUCAAGAACUUUCUUACAGUAUUAAAAAUCACUUACAUGUAAAAUUUGUAAUUGUUUUCAAAGUUUUUAUCACAGUUUUUAUAUCUUUAUUCACUUUUAACCUGAAGAUGGAGUUAUACUCCGAAACGUAGUUAUUAAAAUAAUUUUUUACUAAGCCCAUAUGGUCUAAUUUAUAUUCAAACACACGUACAUGUUCAUUUACAUUUUGCUGGCAGGCAAAUUCCGAUCACACAAUAAAUUCUUUAAAAAAUAACGUACUAGGGUAUUGACUAAAAACUAUAAAACUGGCAAACUAAAAAACAAUUCAAACAAUCGCUAAAAAUGGCAACGGCAAAGUCACAGUUGCAAGUCAAUUUACCUACCUGUGAAAUGAAAUUUUCUCGCAAGAAUAUCUCUUUCCUUGUGCAUCCAGAACGACAGUACGACACAAUAUAUUCGAAAAAGUGAUUCUUUUCUCCACACAGGGAAGUUUUCCUCGACUUUUUUCCGACCGCGAACUCAAUGCAGUAAAUUUUAGGAGCAAAACAGUUUGCUCUGGCCAUCAUGUUUUUAAUUGUUUUUUCGUGAUUGCGUUCAAAUUUAUACUGGCCAUGCAACGGUUUGCAAGAGGGGGAAUGAAACUGACGUCCAAUCCGCGUAAACCUGACGUUUGAGGGACUGAGACUGACGUCCAAUCCGCGUUAAAGACUGGUAUCGAGGCUUCAUUGUUUUCACAAUCAAAUGACUGAAUGUUAUCGUUCCAGAUAUAUAUAUAUAGAGAGUUCACUGGGUGUGCACAACCCAAAUUCGUCAGUAGAUUCAACGAAGUAAAAAUUAUGUAUGAAAAGUUGUAGGAAGCUAACAACGAAUAAAACAAAACGACAAAGAAACUAAACGAACAGUAAACGACGCUGAGAAAGGCUGAGGAAAGAAGAGAACUUGAAAAAGAUCGACUACUGAAAUAUUAACAUUAGUGACAAUAAUUAGAAAAGUUGUAACGAUUCCCUACCUCGCGCAGAAAAAAUAAAUCAUUUCUAACACUAAUAUAUGCGAGCUUAAACAAGCAUGCAUGUUGAUUGAUUAUUUUAGAUCCAAGCCCUGCAUUGUCUCGAACAAAGUCCCAGUGGUGGCAUGAGUACAUUCGCUGAUGGAUUUCAUGCCGUGAAACAACUUAAGAGAGACAGUCCUGACGCGUUUCGUGUGUUGACGACUUUCCCGAUGAGAUUUUAUGAUGAAGGCGUUGCAGACUUUGGAGAAUAUUGCUUUGGUUUUUCUGCUCCUAUGAUCAAGUAUGUUUAUCGCUUCCUUUAAUAAUAUCCGUGGCACAUAUCUUGUCACGAUAGGGUCUGUUUUCUGUGCUCGAGCCUUUCAAAAUAUACGAGUCAAACGCCAAUUGGAGUAAUUAUGACAAUGUGCCUAUUGCGAUAGCACAUGCUGGUUUAUUAAUUUUGAAAUCAAUGACAUAAUCAUUAACUUCAAACACUCAUUAAUAAUUCAUAAGCUUAUUGGCAAAUCAUGUCAACCAUAUGUCACGUGCAGUGGCUUUAAACCUGAUAAAACACUCCUAAUUAGUAUUCUUUAUAUAAAGAAUACCAAUAAGGCAGUAUCUAUUGUAGUCGUGUCCUUAUUAGUAUUCUUUAUAUAAGGAAUACUAAUAAGGCAGUAUAUCUAUUGAAUUUGUAGUCGUAUUUGAAGCCUUUAAUAAACUCGCAGGUCGUGUUUUAUUAGGUCUAAAGCAGGGCGCUGUAAAACACGGGCGGUGAAACGGCUAUGGCGCCCCUGAUCUAUGUGUGAUGCAGGUCCCCCCGCAUAUUUUCAUUUUUAUUCGAAUUCGAUGUGGUUUGAUCAGGCAUGCAUGUUUGUUUUGACUUCUUUUUAAAAUUACUACGUAAAAAGGUACAAUUCAAGCUGAAUUCACAAUGGAUUUGGGAUCUGUGCUAUUACUAUACACGAAAUCUUUUUUCCGGAUUCUUAAUCACGGCUGAUUAUAUGGGGAAUGUUGUAGUGUAAGAUAUAAGUCUGGGAUCUCACUCACGAGGAUCGAUUGUUUUUGCAAAACAACUUCGUUCGUUUAUAAGAUGAAAAAAAAGGCGAAGAAAAAGUUUUUUAAACGGCUGUUGUUUUAAAACCUGCAACUGGAAUGUGUGUUUGGAAAUCAGGUAUGUUCAAUCACAUGUAUUUUUGUCAAGUUCCACCAGAUGAAGCGCCAUAAAUUGAUAAAAACAGCAAGUUCUUUUUUUCAAGCGAUAGUUUGUUGUCGCAGUUUUACAAGCGCGGAAAAUUUUUAACUUUUAAAUAUUUCAUGCACAAUAUAUGAAACCUAUUUUUAUUUUGAUGUUUUUGUAUAAUUUAAGUACGUAAUUUUCUGAAAAUCACCAAAUGAAAAUGGGCUUUUUUAAUUUUUAAACAUUUUUUUGGCCUUGUUUUUGACAUGUGCAUGCCAAAUCUACACAUGAAAUACAAUUAAGCAAGCGAUAGUUUGUUGUCGCACUUUUACAAGCGCGGAAAAUUUUUAACUUUUAAAUAUUUCAAGCACAACAUAUGAAAACUAGUUUUAUUUUGAUGUUUUUCUAUAACUUAAGUACCUAGUUUUCUGAAAAUCACCAAAUGAGAAUGGGCUUUUUAAAUUUUUAAACAUUUUUUUGGCCUUGUUUUUGACAUGUGCAUGCCAAAUCUACACAUGAAAUACAAUUAAGCAAGCGAUAGUGAUCUAUUCUAAAAGACCACACGAGUCAGAACACGAGUGAACACGAGUGAACACGAGUGAACACGAGACAACACGAGUGAACACGAGUGAACACGAGUCAGAACACGAGUGAACACGAGUCAAAAAAUUGUGAACACGAGUGAAGACGAGUCAAAAACUGACGAACACGAGUGAACACGAGUCAAAAAUGACGAACACGAGUGAACACGAGUCAAAAACUGACGAACACGAGUCAAAAACGCAUUCUUAAAGAGGCUCCCUACAGUUUUAAGCCCGUGAUGAAGAUCUGUACUGUGUAAUUGCACGCGGGUUUCUUGGCGGCCCACAGGAUGUUGGAUUAA